AUGGGGUUCCCAUCGUUCAGGCCCACACAGCUUAUACUGCUGAUCACGGCACUGCAUUAUGCAUACCCGGCAGCUGUCUUCAUCUACUACAUAGCUUCCUCAGCCGUAAAUGUCUGCACCUUGCAAUCUUCGGUUGGCCGGGCCAGGCAUAUGUAUCUCGGCACUAUGGCCAGUCUAAUGGUUGCCUUCAUCUUCACAUUUGUCGUGGAGCUAGGUGGGCUCCUAACUGUCUCCAUACUUGGAGGUUGUCUCGAUCAAAUACGCCCAGACUUAGUCAUUGGCCUCCUCUCCCCGAUUCUCAUAUUUGGAGUGCUGGUGGCUGAUCUCUUCGGAGCUGAGGCUCCCGUGUGGCGUACAUAUAUUGGUCCAUAUGCCCUAGCUGCUCUGGUCGAACCACUGCUUGUCACACUCAAUCAAGCUGCUGACAGCCCAUCAAGCUGGCACUGGUCGGAGUACACAGCACUAGGAGCAGUGGCGAUCCGCGAAGCCUUGGCAGUAUCGAUCUUGGUGCUGUAUGCAAUCGGGCGUCCGAGGGCCGAGGCACCGUCCUCACCCGACGAUACCGAGAGGCAGCCACUUCUACAGAAGACAGACAACACUGACAUUCAAGGCAACGCUGGACGCUAUGGAUCUACAGAGGCCGACGAUUCGAACGAGGGAACACGAUCAGAGGAGCAGCAAAUCGGAGAUAGCUCUACCGUCAAGGCCAAGUCCAGAUUCAAGGACAAUGCAGAGUCACCGUAUGAACGAAGAAGACGCGAGGCUAAGGAGAGAAUGGAAAAACGACUUCGGCAAGAGGGGAACUGGUUUUUGUACAUGAAGAGUUUCGCCGUAUUCCUGCCAUACAUCUGGCCUACCGGCAAUCGAGUCCUACAACUGCACGCGGUGCUUGUAGGUGUGUGUCUACUUGCUAACAACGCUCUCAACGUGCUCAUACCGCGGCAGAUGGGCGUCCUGACCGAUAGCUUGAGUGGUGCCAACGAUGAGAACCCAUGGGUUCAAGUCGUUAUCUUUGCCGCCCUUCGCUUGAUGGCUUCUGAAGCUGGCCUCUCCCUUGCCCGUCAGUGGCUCUGGAUACCCGUCGAGAACUAUUCGACUAUUGCAUUGAGUUCGGCAGCCUACUCGCACGUUCUCAAUUUGUCGGCGGACUUCCACGACUCCAAGGGUAUCUCCGAACUCAGCAUGGCCAUUCAGUCGGGCCAAAGCCUGUCUGGCCUGCUAGACUCAAUCUGCUUUCACGCGAUGCCUAUGAUGAUCGACUUGUGUCUCGCCUUCGUCUACCUGUCAACUACUUUCGGGCCCUAUGAGGGGCUCAUCACCGUGGCUACUGCGGUCGUAUUUUUUCAUAUUGCGACCCGGAUGCUCGCGAAGCUCAGGGAACCACGGAAGAGUGAGGUCAGCGCAUGGUUUCACGAGCACUACGUUCUUCAGGCCGGAAUCCAGGGUUGGUCAACAGUCACCUGCUUCAACCAGGUACCAUACGAGGAGAACCGCUACGCUGAAGCCGUCAAGGACAGAGUUCGGAAGUCCGAGACGGUGUACAUAGGAUAUCUGUUCGCAUACGCCUUUCAAUACCUUGUCCUUCUAGCUGGUCUCCUGGCAGGUUCCUUUUUGGCAGUGUACCAAGUAGCAUCAAAGCAAGCCACGGCAGGACAGUUUAUAAUGCUCCUUACGUAUUGGGGCCAGCUGGUAUCCCCGCUCAAUUAUUUUGCUGGACUCGGCAAGACAAUCUCACGAAAUUUUGUUCAAGCCGAACAGCUUUUGGAGAUAAUGCAACAAAGUCCUACUGUACUGAGCAAGAAUGGAGCCCCUGCACUGAAGCUCUCUGGCGCCAGCGUCAAGUUCGACAAGGUGGGAUUCUCGUAUGACGGCAAGAAGAAGAUACUCAACAACGUCAGCUUUGAUGCACUACCGGGCACGACUGUGGCCUUUGUUGGGGCUACUGGAGCUGGCAAGUCAACAAUUCUCAAGCUUCUAGGCCGUUUCUACGACGUAAAUGACGGCUCCAUCACUGUAGACGGACAAGACGUCCGUGAUGUCGACCUAUGCAGCUUGCGGGACCAGAUAGGCAUCGUACCACAGGCUCCUGUACUCUUUGACGACACCAUAAUGAACAACGUGAGAUACGCUAGACUCUCGGCGACUGACGACGAGGUCUUCGACGCAUGCAAGGCAGCAUGUAUUCACGAUCAGGUUAUGGGAUUCACAGAUGGAUAUGAGACUCGAGUGGGCGAACGAGGCGUCAAGGUGUCCGGUGGAGAAUUGCAGCGUCUGGCGAUUGCGCGAGCCAUCCUGAAGCAGCCCUCGAUUGUGCUCCUAGACGAAGCUACCAGCUCCGUGGAUACCGAGACGGAGCAAAGAAUUCAAGAGGCGUUUGGUUCACUCUGUGCCGGUCGCACAACGUUUAUUGUGGCCCAUCGAUUGUCGACGGUGAUGAACGCUCAUGUCAUAAUGGUCGUUUCUGGCGGUGAGAUCAUUGAGCACGGCAGUCAUGACACGCUGAUUGCCAAAGGGGGCAAAUAUUCUGAACUGUGGUCAAAGCAGUUCUUUGCAAAGCCCAGACCCAAGCUUUCAGUCGACCUCGACCUGGUAGAUGGCAUCGAUGUCACACCACAGCGGCACACUAUUGAAACAUCCAAGGGAAAGGCCAACUGCAACUCCAGCAGUCAGGAUGGCAGCGAUGAUACGGCGGUCCACACCCCAUCGGGACAUCGCAGGGAGGGAUCCAAGCUCAACCCAGACGCCCCUACAUUUACCCCUCGUGCCGCAGACGCACACGCCUGCUUGUCAAAGUCUCCAGAGGCAGCAGGCAAGUCACCAUCCAAUGAUGAUCAAAAUAUUAUCCGCGAGAAGCAGCCAUUGCAGGAGCAAAACCCCAAUCAGGAGCCGAGCGAAAACGGAGGUGGCUCCUCCCAGCCCUAG